AAUAUGUUGGUGAAGGCAUUGCAAACCAGACUCCAUAGAACCCUUCUACCACUGCUCUUUGUUUCUAGUUUCCUUGUUGUUUCUCCUCAGUUCAAAAUGGAGCCCUGCGGCUGUCCCAACACAAAUGAGAAGAGUCGAGCAGCAAUAGAAAAUGAACCUGGUACUUCUAAUCCUGCAGUAGUAUACAUUAAUCGUAUUCUUCAACAAUCUGUUUCAUCCUGUUUUUCCGACGAUACCAUUUUCAAGGUUCCAGAACCUCUGCGCAGCGUCAACCCAGAAGCUUAUACGCCCACUGUCAUCUCUAUCGGUCCUUUUCACUCCGAUAGAAAAGAUCUUAAAGCUAAUUUACUCAAACCCAUGUACCUUCGACACUUGUUUAAUCUCAGCCACCUCUCCGUGAACACGAUUGUAGAAACAGUCCAGACUUUGGAACAAAGAGUACGCUGCUGUUACACAGAAUCCAUCGAGAUGAACAGGGAUGAAUUUGUGAAACUUCUGGUCUUGGAUGCCUGUUUCGUGGUCAUGCAUCUCAUCAGUUGGCAGAACCCAAAGUUGGAUAUCCCAAACGCGGCGUAUUUAUGGCAAUCCUGGUAUGAAAUAUUUGUUGAUCUGAUGCUGCUUGAAAACCAGCUUCCCUUCUUCCUUCUCCAAUCGUUAUACGACCUCUUCGCCCCCUCUCAACCUUUACUAGAACAUAAGAGUUUCAUUCAAAUUGUUCAAGAUUAUUUCUCAGGACACAAUAACUCAGAGUUGAUUCUUAUCGAUAUCGAAAGUUCGGCUGAGAACGUGAAUCAUUUUGUUGAUUUAGUAAGAAUGCGUAAAACUGAUAUGGUUUUCAAUAGAACGAUCAUCCAAGGCCUAGUUUGGCCACCGAGUGCCACCGAGCUUCACGAAUGCGGCGUUAUUUUCAGUACAGGGAUUGACAUAAAAUUUAAUGACCAAAGUGGGUGUCUACAACUGCUGCCAAUCAACAUAGACAACACUUUUGAAAAGCGUGUGAAGAACAUUAUAGCUUAUGAGCAACACCAUAUUCACAUGAACAUAUGGAACGAGGUAAGCAACUUUGCUUUGUUUAUGACGUCGUUGGUCCAGACAGACCAAGACGUGAAAUUGCUGAUUGAGGGAGGGAUCAUACAGAACGAACUGGGUAGUAUCAAAGAUGUUACCCAAUUAUUCUACAACCUCGGUAAGUACAUCAACAUUGGAUUCAACUCCUACAAUUCUGAUUGCCAAAAAAUGAAAGAUUAUUGCAAGCGCCGCCGCCAUCGUUGGAUGACGUCGUUGCGGCGCAACUAUUUCAGCACGCCAUGGCUCUGUGCUUCCACCAUUGCAGCCAUCCUCCUCCUUGCCCUCACUCUUAUACAGACCAUCGUGGCUGUACUUACUGGAUUCAAAAAAAGUUCUUAAUCGGAUCCAAUUCUAAUGAUGCUGUUCGGAGUUCAGAAUUCAACUACAUCUGAGUUCGUUGGGAGUAAACAUUUUAACCGUUGUGUUCAAGUUGGGU